UCUCUCAUCCUCGUGAUCCAAAAUCCCACUUGACAUCUUUUAUAGACAGCUAGGCGACGGUGGCAGAACGACACGAUUCCACUCGGCUCCAUUCCACUUCCACCCAUGGCUCUCGCCACCUCACACCACCGCCUCCUCAUCGCCCCCUCCGCCGCCUCUAGCCAUCCGCGAUGGUUCCUCCGCUUCCGCGCCUCCGCUUCCCCGCUCGCGACCGCCCGGAGAAUUUGCUGCCAAUCUAUCAACUCAGCUAAUGCGGUGGGAGCUUCUUCAAUGACAUCUGAUGAGGCAGUUCCAGUGCCAGUUGUCCUGAUAGAUCAAGAUUCAGACCGUGAUGCAACCAUUGUGCAGCUGAGUUUUGGAGACCGUUUAGGAUCACUACUUGAUACAAUGAAGGCACUCAAGGACCUGGGCCUUGAUGUAAUGAAAGGAAGUGUGGCAACUGAUUCAGCUGUCACACAAACAAAGUUCCACAUCAUGCGAUUGGGACGCAAGAUUGAGGAUCCUGACAUGUUAGAAAAGAUUCGGCUCACCAUCAUUAACAACCUUCUGCAGUACCAUCCUGAAUCAAGCGAGAAGUUAGCAAUGGGUGAAUUUUUUGGAAUAAAACCUCCUGAGAAGAAGGUUGAUAUCGAUAUUGCCACACAUGUACAUGUUGAAGACGAUGGACCAAAAAGAAGCUUGCUUUACAUAGAGACAGCUGACCGCCCUGGCCUUCUUCUAGAAAUAAUCAAAAUCAUCGCCGACACAAACAUUGAUGUAGAAUCAGCUGAGAUUGAUACUGAGGGUUUGGUUGCCAAGGACAAGUUCCAUGUGAGUUACGGUGGCGCAAAACUAAACAGCUCCUUAUCUCAGGUGUUGAUCAAUUGUCUGCGUUAUUACCUCCGAAGGCCUGAGACGGAUGAAGACAGCUAUUGAUUGUUCUGUUGUCCAGCCUUCCGAGUGCUUUAAAAGAUAAAAUCAGAAACAACAAACUCAGGCUUGAGUUCCUUUUCUAUGAGCCCCAUGCGCUGUUGCAUGUGAAAUUUCAAUUGUAGUGGACAAAAUGCGGCUUGUGGAUGGUAUUGAAAUUGUGCUCAUUGAAGCAGUUUGGUAUUUUGUAGUCGGACAGCUGGGAGAUUCAGGCUCAGGUUUCAAUAGCCUAUAUCCCAUUUGAUUCCGAUUGUCAGGGAUCACAUUGGAAGGUCCUCGCAUGUUGCCAGUUGUCUGUAAGUUGGUAUAAUCCAUUUGCAUGUAAAACUCAGCUAUGAUGUAAAACUCCUGCUUCCAUUCCCUAGAAUUUGAAAGGAUCCAAAAGUAUUUUA